AUGUCUUCCUCAUCAUCAAGCGAUGAAGCAGAUAAAGCUUUUGAUGAAAUGGUCGACGAAGUGGUUGAUAAUUUCAUAGACACAAUAGUUGACGGUCAAACCAACAAACCGAAGAGACGAGCUUAUAUCGAAAGAGACCGAGAACAAGGACACAAUCAACUAUGGAAAGACUAUUUCAUGGAAAAUCUUACAUACCCACCUGAAAUGUUUAGGCGGCGUUUCCGAAUGAACAAGCCAUUGUUCCUUCGCAUUGUCGAUCGCCUAAGUAGUGAAGUUCCCUACUUUCAGCAAAGGAGAGAUGCUGCCGGAAGGUACGGGCUAUCUCCACUUCAAAAAUGUACGGCAGCUAUACGUAUGCUCGCAUAUGGUCAAUCGGGAGACAGAAAUGACGAAUAUCUCCGACUUGGUGAUAGUACAUCACGUUUAUGUUUGGACAAUUUCACUGAUGCGAUAAUACAAUUGUUUGGAUAUGAGUAUCUACGAAGCCCUACACCAGAAGAUCUUCAACGAUUACUAGAUGUUGGAGAGGUCCGCGGGUUUCCAGGGAUGAUAGGCAGCAUAGACUGUAUGCAUUGGGAGUGGAAAAACUGUCCAACGGCUUGGAAAGGUCAGUUCACACGGGGUUCAGGAAAGCCGACAAUUGUCUUAGAAGCCGUGGCAUCACAAGAUCUUAGGAUAUGGCACGCAUUUUUCGGCUUACCAGAGAACGAACGACACGGAUACGCUCAAAUAAAUACUUCUGAGUUCGAAUCAGGAGAGUCAAACAGAAGUUCAAAGAUGCAUUCUUUACCGAUGCGUGAUAGAGAGUAG